CUUGAGCAAAAUCAAAAGCAAGAGGCUGUACAGAGGAGAAACAGGAUGCUGUUCUACUCCGAAGUACCUCUCCUGAAAUGUCUGUUAGAGCAUUUCUAACACUUUGAACAGCAUAGCCAAAGAUUUUUUCUGACAGAGCCCCUCUUCCCAUUAACUGCUGUGCUAGCUGUGCUACCUUAAUUCCCCUUUUCUUCCUAUCUGUUGGUGGGGAUUUUGCAGGGUUGGGAGAGGGAGGUGGGAGAGGUACAUCAUUCCUGGAAGAGAGGAAAGAAACACCCAAGAUGACUUCAGUCCCCACAGCCAAGUGGAACAUGAGCAUGAGCAGCAGGUGGAAUGUGAGCCUUGCUGAAGCUGGCAAUUCCUGGGGACAGGCUCUGGAAGCACCAGCUGCAAAUGCUUCUGUGCCUGUAGCCUCCUCAGCGGGCAACUUCUCCAAUCAGUUCGUACAACCUUCUUGGCGCAUUGCCCUGUGGUCUCUGGCUUAUGGAGGUGUGGUGGCAGUGGCCGUUUUUGGAAAUCUUAUUGUCAUCUGGAUUAUCCUGGCUCACAAGCGCAUGAGGACUGUGACAAAUUACUUCCUGGUGAAUCUGGCCUUCUCGGAUGCCUCCAUGGCUGCUUUCAAUACUCUCAUCAACUUCAUCUAUGCGCUGCACAGUGAGUGGUACUUUGGAGAGGCUUACUGCCGCUUCCACAACUUCUUCCCAAUCACAGCUGUCUUCGCCAGCAUCUACUCCAUGACAGCGAUUGCUGUGGACAGAUAUAUGGCCAUUAUUGAUCCCUUGAAACCUAGGCUCUCUGCAACUGCUACCAAGGUGGUCAUUGGGAGCAUAUGGAUUUUGGCAUUCCUGUUGGCCUUUCCCCAGUGCCUAUACUCCAUAACCAAGGUGAUGCCUGGGAGAACACUUUGCUAUGUAGCCUGGCCAGGUGGUCCAAAACAGCAUUUUACGUAUCAUGUUAUUGUGAUUGUGCUAGUCUACUGCUUUCCUCUGCUUGUCAUGGGCAUCACUUAUUCUAUGGUGGGAAUUACCCUCUGGGGAGGAGAAAUACCAGGUGACACAUCCAACAAAUAUCACGAGCAGCUCAAAGCUAAGAGAAAGGUGGUAAAAAUGAUGAUUGUGGUUGUGCUGACAUUUGCUGUCUGCUGGCUGCCCUACCACAUUUACUUCAUAGUUACUGGGAUCUAUCAACAAUUAAAUCGAUGGAAAUACAUCCAGCAAGUCUAUUUAGCCAGCUUUUGGCUUGCCAUGAGCUCUACAAUGUACAAUCCCAUUAUCUACUGCUGUCUUAAUAAGAGGUUUCGAGCUGGCUUCAAGCGAGCUUUCCGCUGGUGCCCCUUCAUUGAGGUGUCCAGCUAUGACGAGCUGGAGCUAAAGGCAGCCAGGUUCCACCCCACCCGGCAAAGCAGCCUCUAUGCUGUGUCCAGGAUGGACUCCAGCAUGACGGUGGUGUUUGACACUAACGAUGGAGACAGCAUGCACGCCAGCCAGAAGAAAAGAGCAGCUCCAAGGGACCUGAACUUCAAUGGCUGUUCUCAGAGGAAUUCCAAGACUGCCUCCACAGCCUCAAGCCUCAUCAGCUCACUGCACACAUCAGCAGAUGUUUAUUCCUAAACAUCUUGUGUAAGCACAACACUGGACAAUAUUCUCCUACUUUAGGACUUGGAAUUCACACCACAGGAAAGCAAACCAGAUUCCAUUAACAAACCCUAGCUAUAAAUAUUGUGAGAUUUCUGGGAAUCUCUUACUUUUUUUUUUUGCUUUGCAGAGAAAGAACAAUUUGAAGACAUAUUUAUGUCUCGGUCCAAAAGCAUAGGUGCUCCUUGUGCACAACAAUGUUUGUAGGGAUUAUUCAAAAUAAACCAACAGCAUAAGAAACUUUGUUUCAGUUGUCUCUGACUUGUGGCAUUUAUGUUUCACUUACUGAAAUGUAACAGGCUCCUUUACUUAUUGAAGCAGAAACGUACGCUGUUUUCCAUUACGAGUGUAUUAAUUCUACAGUAACAAAGUUAUAUGAGAUUUGAUUAUAAAGAGAUAUUUAUAAUGAACACCUAAUGAGCCCCAAGUCUAUUAAGCUGUUUUACAAUUUAGCCCCACUCCCAGAUGAAAUUAAGUUCACGUGAAUGCAGUUCAGCUCUGUCUGCAACAACACAGUUUAGCAAAUACAUAUAAGAACAGGAGAAUGUGACUAAGAGACUAAAUUAAUUUCUACCAAAUUUUGCAUAUUAGUAAAUAUUAGACUCUAAUGGGAUCUGUACUUCCAGUGGAAUAUAUUGCUUUGAUGAACAUCUCAUAGUUUUGCAUCAGAGAACUACGGGUAAAGUCUGUCUCCAGUGACCUUAACAGAACAUUCCUGAUUGACUUUAAAAAGGCCAAAAGAUUUUAGACUGUAGAUUCACAUAUGAAAAUGACCACUGCGGCAAUGGACUCUUCACUUCAGAAGAUAAAGUAACA